CGCAGUUGCUGCGUUUCCCCCUGUGAUACGUUACCUCAAUAAAAACUUUAGAAACUUAGCAUUUAUAUUACAAUAAUAUACAUAUAGAACAAAUUGAUAUCACAGGAGGAGGCGGAGGAGGAGGAUAGCGUACCGGAUGUGUCCGGUACGAUUAUGGAGAAAGAUGAAAAUCCAGGCGAGGCCGCGACCGGACGCGUUCCUGAGACCCAAAGUGCGGAGGAUGAGGAUGUUCGAGAUCAGACAUCUGUGCCGCCGAGCCAGGGGGACAUCUGCACUGAUCAGGAAAUGCAGCCGAGCUCACCAUCUCAAAGACUGGGACAGAACAGAGUCUGUGCAGACGGUGUGGGAAACUCAACAGCAACAGUUAAAAUCUUACUUAUGCCAGAGGGACACAUGAUGACUGUGGCUUUCAUGAUUGGCCUUACCACACAAGACCUAAAGAACCUUUUCUCCAAUGAGCUGCGAGUACCAUCAGAUGUUAUUCAGAUCACACUCAAUGGUAAUGCUAUAGAGGAUCACCAGACCCUGAUGAGCCUUGGGGUGCAACCACAUGCUACAGUCCAGUUUGAGAUGAGCUCAUUAGAUCCUGAAAAUUACCCUAUCAAGGCAGUUAAACCUCAGCAGCAAUGCACCAUGCCAGAUGUCAUUACUGUCAGAGUACAGACAGAUGGAGGUACCUAUCAGGAUGUGGUAGUUGAGAUUGAAAGAGCCAUUCAAAAGAAACCUUUCUUGGGGGGAUAUCGCCACAAAGUCACUAAAACUGAGUACCACCACGCUGGAGUACAGACUAUAACGAGGAGAUGGCCUGAUAGAGACAUUGAGACUUUCAGCAGAGAGAUGCAGACAAUGCAGAUGAAGAACCAGACUCAGCAGUGCACUAUCACCACUUCAACUCAGAUGUCUAAACCUGGGUGUUACAUGUCCAACAAAAAGGACAAACUCAUCACACCAGGGAGGUACGUCACCGCAGAUGAAUACCACAGCAAGAGGCUUAAUGCGGUAAUUACUAUCCAGACAUAUACCAGGCGCUGGCUGGCCAAACGGCUCACUACCCAGCUGAGACUGGAUAAGGAGCUGCGUCUGGCUUGGAUUGAGAGAGAGGAGAAAAGAAAGAAAGAAGAGAAGGAAGAUCAGAUUAGAGCAGAGUACAACAGGAGAAUGAACCCUCAGAACAGAAAUGACUUUGUCCUGCUUUAUAAUGCACUAGAAAGCUGGAGACAGGAAGAACUGGAGCACAUUAAUGCCACUUUGUGUGGAGCAGAAAGGAAAGCAGCUCUGUGUGCACUUUUGGAGCAGGAGACACAGUUCAUUGUAUCUAUCGAACAUCACCGAAUAGCUGCAGGAGAAAAGAAACAGGAAAAGGAAGUGCAAGCUUUUCUCAACAAGUGUGCUACCCCGAAGCGAUGGCAAGCGUCUGAUGGCACAAUGACCCAGAUGGAUACACUGCACACCAUUAGGGCCAGAGAGCUUCGGGAUCUCUACUGCAGCCUCACCCAGGGCUAUCUGAGCAAGGAGGAGCGUCUGGAUGUUCUGCUUACUCUCAAACAUACUGUCAAGGAACAUGACUGUAAGCUGACUCGAGAUAUCGUAGGGCUAAUUGACAGAGAGGCUGAUCUACUGAUGAGAAGUGUGAGGGAGAGUAACCUGGAGGGACUGAGGAAGAGAAUUGCCACACUCUUCCUCCAGUACAUCAAAAACCCCACUUUCAACCCUCAGGUGUCCAAAGUGCUGCGGGUACCGCAAGACUCAGGACAUUUGAAGAAUGUCCGCUUUUGCCGUGGCUGCAGCAAGUUCUUGCCGAGCUCCGAGUUCUCCCUAACAGUGAACUCACGCAUGCUGCGCCUUUGCCGCCAUUGCAAAGCGCUGGACAAUGAGGCUCGGCAAAGAAAAGACUUCUUCUAUUAUAAAACCAUUCUGAAACGUCUGUGCAAGGAUGAAUCAGAAGUCAACCCAGAUGCCAAGAUCCCUUACCUCCUACAGGAGCAGGAUAUUCGCUAUCUGGUCGAUGUGGUUUGGUUUGCUCAGUCUGCAUUGAGUGCAUGGAACAACUUGCACGACCUGGUGAUGGUGCGCUGGGACAAGUAUUGUGAGUGGAGCCCCUGGAACUGCAUACUGCUUACCAAGGAGGAGGCAGCUGCUCAUCUCAAAGUCAGAAACAUACACAAGACAUAUGGCUCCAUGUUCAUCUGUGACAUUAAGCAUAAACACUCUCUGGCCCGGAAGUACUUCUCCAAGAUCCCUGUUAUGGUGGAGUAUCUCCACGAUGUGGAUUCAAAGUUUGUUGGCCACAACCACUUGCUGGUCACCAAACUCACUACCAUGAAGAAGAAGAAGAAGUAUCCUAACAAAAUUAGGAACUAAAUGGUGACCACUACCUAUAGGUAGUCUCAGGAGAACAUUAACUACAAUGCCUCCAACCGUAUCUCAACCUCUGUAUUUAUUUCAAUUGUAAUAAAGAGGGCAAUAUACUUACUGUAGUUAUAAACCUGUUUUACAAUAAUGAUUUGCUGACAUGCAUGUGCUGGUUUAGUGUUAGUUACUCUCACUGUACUGGAUUGGUUAAGACAUUUAAAGAUGAAAUAAAGUCUUUGUGAUCUAUUUUUCCCCAUAAAACCAUCUCCUGUGCUCUAAUGUCCAUGAUUUUCUUGUCAUAAAAGAUUAUUGCUUGUGAUUUCUACAUGCACGAAAUAUAGCAGGAACAUAAUCCAAGCAUAAAAGUUUAGCAUUUUAAAUCCAGAAAUUAUGUGCAAAUAACACAAGGUCCACAUUAAUCAGUUGAAAGCUAAAUUGGUGUUACUUUAAGUAUAAGGUGAUGUACUAAUGUAAUCAUAAUGAAAUAUAGCUAUGGUUAUUAUUAGAAGAUGGAUGAUUCACAAUAUACAAUCUGUUCUUAAAUCUUAUAAAUUACUAAUAAAUACAUAUCAGUGAGGUGCUCAAUUUAGUGGACAGAAGCUACAAUAUAAAUCCCUUUAAUUUUGUGGCUUAAAAAAAUCUUUUUUUUUUGUAGCACCCUGUCACUUACCCUGAAAAUUAUUUUUUUAUAAUCACUGCAUACUGUAUAUUUAUGCUAAGAACUUAAACACACAAUCAGAUUAAUUUUUGAUUUGAGGACUAUGGAGUUGCACCCUUGCUUUAAUGUUUAACACCCCAUUUACUUCCCAACAAUACUCAGAAUUGUUUAUACCUCUUUAAGGUUGCAAUGUAUAAGGAUGUUUCAUUACAAAGUCCAUGUUCUAAAAUGUA